CUAUGCUUGAGUAAGUUGAUAAGGCGGCUACACACUCGAUAACCGUAACUAAUUGUCCGGAGCUAUCGUCGAUGCGGGCCAGCCGCGGUCUUGCGGGCGGAAAAAUAUCGAUCGCCCGCCACACACCUGUUCCGAACAAUGAGUCGUGGGGCUCGCACCUGCCCACUACCGCGCUCGCAGUCGCAACGCGCGCACAUACGCACCACACCGACCAGGCGCUCCGCGAAUUCGAUCCGACCAUGGGCGGCGCGGGGGGACGCUGACCGUCGCGACGUCACACCGGCCUCGCGCCGUCGCCGAUCGAUUGCCGUCCGGCAUCUUGGACGGUCACAGUCGGCAGCAUCUUCUAUCAUCAGGAGCCGCAAGCUAUGUAGUUCGUCACAAUGCACAUAACAUCAGGCCUGUCGCCGGCGUCCGGCGAAAUGCUGGACACAUCAAUGGGUUUUUAUGGAGACGCGGGAGACCAGUGUGGCACUGCAUAUUUCGCUGUGGAUCAUGCAGUACCAGAAUCUUCCCAUACAGUCGAGAUUGAAUAUAUAUAUGAACAACCGGAAAGUUAUUCUCAGAAUGAUGUAGAAGACUCGAAUAUAAAUGAAGCCCAAUUAGUAACUUCAUCAAAGUCAGGUGAUGACCAGCGAGACCGUUUAUCCAAGAAAAUACGCACUAAACACAAGCCUGAAAACCUUUCUGUAGACGACACAGAAACAGAUUUGACUAAUUUAACAUGGCUUCAAAAUAUAACGAACAUAAUGGCGGUGCCGCAGUUUCCCAUAUCUCCAAUGUCCCCAAAUCCUCCAGUGAAAACGCAACCCCAAAACACUAGACUGCAAAAAUUCAAUCAAACAAUAGCCAAAUGCCAGAAGGACUUCAUGGAGAACAAAGAAGAAUAUCAAUCGAACAGUGAGAAGAAGCCUCCAUAUUCGUACAGCACAUUGAUCUGUAUGGCAAUGAGGUAUAACAAUGACAAGAUGACUCUAUCAGCUAUAUAUUCUUGGAUUCGGGAGAAUUUCAAGUAUUAUAGGAACGCCGAUCCCACCUGGCAGAAUUCAAUACGGCACAAUUUAUCAUUGAACAAAGUAUUUGUGAAAGUGGCUCGUUCUAAACACGAACCGGGGAAAGGUGGGUUUUGGAAACUGGACCUCGCACAUUUAGAAGGCACGAAACGCAUUUCGAAUAGGCCGCAUAAGAAAAAGAAAAACACUACAGCGGGAGAAACGAAAGAGGUUAAAAUGUCUGAAGAGAAAGUAGCCGUUGCUAAUAUUCCAAGAGUGGAAUCAGUGGAAGUGGUUGAAGAAAUGGCUACGGAUAUUGAUAAUGUAGUCACUUUACAUCUGCCUGAAUUCACACUAGGAGGCAUACAGUCGAUACCCGAUAUAGAUUUAGAAACCAAUAUAGGUGCAAACGUGAUUGUUGAACCUGUAGCUCCACCGCCACUGAUUCCAGAAGAUGACAUCACAUCAUUACUGCUAAAUCACACCGAUUGGGAUGACCUGCAACUGGACAUGCUUGAUAACUAUCUGGAUUCGUGUUUCACGUAAGAUUGUGAUUUAAUACUUAUUACAUACAGUUGUGUUUGGCGCAAACUCAAGUUGAUAAAGAGUAGGUUCUUACCUGUUUCAAAGAAAUAUAGAUAAUAUCAUAUUUAUUGAUGGUGUGACAUUGGUAGAUGGACUUUUUAGAUUUGUACUAUUAAAUUAUUAUUUUCAAUAUACAUAUCUACCUAAAUAUUAUAGGUAUUAAUAUAUAUCUAGUCAAAAGGCUUAAGCGAAAGAAUAAAGGUAAGUCUUAAACUUAAAUUUUUACGUUAAUAUUGUCUUUAUAUGUAGUACAUAGAUGAUUUGCACAAUUUUUAUUAAGAAUUAACAGUUCCCAGAGCUUAUAAAAUAUAAUAAUUAUAAAUAAUGAGGGAAAGAGUAUAUAAUACUGCCAGCCUCAUUUUUCAAAUGUAACUUGCUCAACAUGGAAAGCUCAGUUUAAAAUCUUAAUAAAAACAUAAUAAUAUACCUAUAUACACAAAAAUUUAUUUACAUGCAACGAUUUUUGGAUUCGGUCAUAAAAAUUAAUUAAAGAAUUAUGGUUCUUUUGGCGUCAAAAUAAAUAUAAUAAGUGUUUUGACAAAUGUGGUAAAAUUUUAGAACUGCGUCAAUUGUACGCAUUCCUAGUUUGAAUUUAAAAUCAUAACGGUUAGUAUGAAUCUACGUUUCUAAUUUAUUUAUAUUAUUAGAGACUUUAAUUUUAAUAAUUAUUCCUAUUUAAUUAUAUAAGCGGCAAUAUAAUAAUAAGUAAAAUGUUUUGACAUUGAAUACAGAUUUUUGAACCACUUCGGUACGAUUUUUUGGAUAGAGGUCAAUGACCAUUAGACAGCAUUAGAUGGUUUCUAUUAUGUUUGAAUUCAAAUAUUUUUUUUUUAGGUAUUAAUAUUGUUGUAUAUAUGACAAGUUUACCGCUCAGUAUUAUAACGUACCUACAAAAUAUUUAUUGGAUAAGUAUUUUAAAUAAGUGUGGCAAUAUUUUUUAAUAUUAUCGUUAGUGAAACAUCGAGCUAUAUCAGACGUCCGUCCAGUAUUAUUGUAUGCAGUUGCUGCAUUAAAAUUUUUGCUCAGCACAUAGUGUAUUGUAUAAUGGAAUUUAAUAGUAUUAUAUUUUUUAGAUUUUUAUUAAAAUAUUUAGUUGGUGUGAGAGAGUCGCGAUUAUAUUAUAUUUUUGCACAAAUCGCAAUAAUUUCUUUUUUUUUAUUAUUCGAAUAGCAUUAAAAUAUAAUAUAUAUAUAUA